CGACCACUGGCCAUUGCAUACGACAUCUCACACAGGUCGAGAGACGCUUGCAGAGCUCUCACAAUGUCAACGUCAAACUUUUCCAUUCGCCUCGCUCGAAGCUGGAGGAGCCUUAACACUAGCAACGUCUGCAAUCGUUGUCUGCAGACCCGGAGAUCGGUCGCAACCCAAGCAUCCACAACAUCAGUAGACCCCGAGCUCGAAGAAUUAUCCUCACUAUCCCAGACCGCGGACCUCACGGGCCAGGUUCAAGAUUUUGAUCCUGUCAAGGUUGCGAAAGGCCGAAGACGACAACUCCCACCUAGCAGAUAUCAGUUCCGCAGUCCCAAAUAUGACCGUGGUCCUCUCCACCCUCACCAACCUCUCCCUCCCUCCGAUCCGGCCAGUCGAGAAUUCGUCCCGGGGCCCUUUUCCACUCCCCGACUCGAACAAGGAUACCACAGCAUAAUCGCACCCGACUUCAUGACAAUGUGCUACCAACACACACCUCCAGGUUUCCGUCCCCUCGAAAAAGGGCCUCGGCUGCGCCCGUGGUUAGGAGACUCGCCUUACUUUGCAAACAGACACCUCAGAGGUCCCCGCGGUGGAGAUGUGCUGCGUCUGCUGAGAAAACCAGUCACGUUCCGAAACGUCCCCAUGGUCGAACGGAUCACGGUGCACGCGUACGUCAAAGAAGCGUUGAAAAGGGGAUCCUCGCACCUCCACGUGGCAGGCAUGGUAAUGCAAGCCAUCACGAACCACCGGGUCGAAGUUCACCGCUCCAGAACAAACGAAGCCACCUGGGGCGUCAUCAAGGGUAAGCCGUGUAGUUUGACGGUGGACUUGAAGGGAGAGGACAUGUACCAUUUCCUCGGGAAAAUGAUCGACGUCGUCCUGCCUCGGAUCAAGGAUUGGAAUGGUGUACGAGCCACGACUGGAGACAACAGUGGAAAUCUUUCGUUUGGAUUGAACCCAGAAGUCGUUGCUGGAUUUCCAGAGAUAGAAGUCAACUAUGACGCUUAUCCCGGAAAGAUGAUUCCGGGAUUAUACAUCACUAUUCACACCACCGCCACUUGUGACAAGGACGCUCGACUUCUUCUCCAACAACUUGGCAUUCCAUUCUACGGCAAGAUUGUGGAUUAAGUUGUGUCAUUGUGGUAUUACAACCAGAAUGAUCAAUUAUCAGAGCGGCGACGAGAGCUACAGAAGUAUAGCUUCUCGAACCGUGUUAUGCAUCGUCUAGAGACUAGGUACCUAGCAGAAAUCUAGUCUCUGGCACCGACAUUAUAUUCCUGAAUGGCUUCCAUCCCACUUAUGCAAGAAGAUGGCAACCAUUUGACUAUUGGAAAAUUGUCCCCGAUCGAAUGUCCGGUCCAAGGAACGGGGACUUUGUACAGAUUUAUGGGACUUUGACAUGGAUCUUAUAUCCCAAAGGUGAAAUGUCUUGAAAUAUAGAUGGCGUCGAAUGCCAUGUAACAAUAAAGAUCUUACCAAGUUCUCUC